UUUAAACUUCACUGUUUUUUAAACUUCGGGGGUGUGGUCGCCCUUGCAUUCUUUUUCCCGUGGCCGGUCAUCCCCGGACCCGCCAGGUCCUUCUCUUGGCCUGCCUUCCAGAUGCUUUGGAGUCAUGAGCCGGGAGGGCCCGGGGACCCCUUGGGUGGCCGAGGUGAUCCGAGAUCGCCUUUGUUUUGCCAUUCUCUACAGCAGACCAAAGAGUGCGUCGAACGAGCAUUAUUUCAGCAUAGAUAAUGAACUUGAGUAUGAGAACUUCUACGCGGAUUUUGGACCGCUCAAUCUGGCAAUGGUUUACAGAUAUUGUUGCAAGAUAAAUAAGAAGCUCAAGUCCAUUACGAUGCUGAGGAAGAGAAUUAUCCACUUCACUGGCACCGAUCAGAGAAAACAAGCGAAUGCUGCCUUCCUUGUUGGGUGUUAUAUGAUUAUAUAUUUGGGGAGGACUCCAGAAGAUGCAUAUAGAACAUUAAUCUUUGGAGAUACAGCUUAUAUUCCUUUCAGAGAUGCUGCCUACGGAAGCUGCAGUUUCUAUAUUACACUUCUCGACUGUUUUCACGCAGUAAAGAAGGCAAUGCAGUAUGGCUUUUUAAAUUUCAACGCAUUUAACCUUGAUGAAUAUGAACACUAUGAAAAAGCAGAAAAUGGAGAUUUUAACUGGAUAAUACCAGAGCGGUUUCUUGCCUUCUGUGGACCUCAUUCAAGAUCGAGGCUUGAAAGUGGUUACCACCAACAUUCUCCUGAGACUUAUAUUCCAUAUUUUAAGAAUCACAAUGUAACUACCAUUAUCCGUCUGAAUAAGAGGAUGUAUGAUGCUAAGCGCUUUACGGAUGCUGGUUUCGAUCACCAUGAUCUUUUCUUUCCGGAUGGCAGCACCCCUGCUGAGGCAAUUGUCCAAGAGUUUCUGGAUAUUUGUGAAAAUGUUGAGGGUGCCAUUGCAGUGCACUGCAAAGCUGGCCUUGGCCGAACAGGUACUCUGAUAGGCUGCUACCUCAUGAAGCAUUAUAGGAUGACGGCAGCCGAAAGCAUUGCCUGGCUCAGAAUCUGUAGACCGGGUUCUGUGAUUGGGCCCCAGCAGCAGUUUCUGGUCAUGAAACAGUCAAGCCUCUGGCUGGAAGGCGACUAUUACCGCCAGAAGUUGAGAGGGCAGGAGAAUGGACCCCUCAGAACAGCCUUCUCCAGACAACUCUCGGAUAUUGACGACAUUUCGAUAAGUGGGCUUGAGAAUCAAGACAAUCAAGAGCCAGAGCCGUAUAGUGAUGAUGAUGAAAUCAGUGGAGUAACACAAGGAGACAAGCUUCGGGCCUUGAAAAGUCGGAGACAGUCCAAAGCCAACACUAUCCCCCUCACAGUAAUUCUUCAGCCCAGUGUUCAGAGCUGUAAAACCCCUGAACCUAACCUUUCUGGCAGUGCAGGCAUUACUAAACGAACCACCAGAUCUGCUUCGGGGAAAAGCAGUCUAAAAAGCCUGGCUCCUUGGAGGGAGAGGAGGAACGCUUUGCGACAAAUGCCCGUGCUGGCGUUAUGUCCAGCCGUUUCAAGGACUAAGACAGUCUUGCGUUAAAAAACCGCUGACCAGCACUCCAGGGAAGACUAGGAACAGAAAACCCCAACAGGAUUUAGCCAAUCGCUCUGAAAACAAAACAGACACUGCAAAGGCCUUAGUUUCUCUCCACAUAAGAAGUUCAUUCAAUGAAGAAAAUAUCACCGGCCUCUCAGCCACGCACUGACUGUAGGGCGUGGCUGAACAUUUGAGGGCCCAACUCCCCCUUUGUAAUCUCAAGUUGGAUGAAAGCUGCUAUCGAAAGUUUAGUCUCAGGUGUCAAUACCCGGCCCUCUGCCACCAGAGAGCUGUCUGGUGAGCGUGGUACAUGUGUGUUCCUGUGAUGGCAAUCAUGUUUGCUGCUGGCCUUCAGAAGGAUCUGAUGAAGGUCUCUUGGGUAUUUAUUUUUUGUUCAGCCUGUGACCGCCGUCUUGUAAUUAAAGAUGAAAGAAGACGAGCAUCUCUCCAGUGGUACCCUCCGUCUAAGACAGGAUUUGGUACAAUGUUUCACUUUGCUCCUGUUAAUACUGUCGUGAUGUUCACUGUGUGAAGUACCCAAGCUGCUUGUCUUUCACCAAAGAGUGCUUUAAUAACAAUCUGUGAAAACUACAUUUAAACACUGUUACGUGUUGUUGUGGUUACCAAAACAUGCUAAAGAAUGUUGAUAGAGUGUUUGAACCUUUUCUCAGUUGAAAGGUUAUGUAAGUUCUUCCUUGUGUCCUUUAGGAUGAAGACUUCAGGGCUGGGCGUUAGAUCGCUCAGUCACAUGUCAGAAUUGUGUUUCCUCCAGUACAUUAAAACCAAACAGCAAUGCUGGUGUUUGGUGGCUUUAAAGACAAAAUUGUUCACCCUCUGUAGAGUCUUUUCUCUGUGCUGCUGUGGAGUUUUGUUAUUUGUAUGAUUCACAGUUUGAUUUUAGCGGCAAUUGCUUGCUUCUGGAGUUAGGCUGUUUGUGUAAGAGAACUCACUGUUGCCUUUGGUUAGGGAAUACGACUAGAAACUGUAGCGUGCCUUCUCUCUUCACCCCUGCUGGAAGUCAACAGCACCUGUGCCAUGAAGCAAUUGCAAAAGCCAGAAUUUAUCUGUUGCCAAAAAGAAAAAGACAGAGCCAGUCGUUAGAGAAUGCUUUAGAGUUGUCCUGGUUACCUCCACAGCAGAGGAAUGGUUUUUAUUGACUCUUCCCAGUUUGGAGACUGGAGAAAUGCAGUAUUGAAAGCCAUUGAGAGCCAAUGCCUUCCUAAGACAGACGAGUGUCAGGUGAGCAGGCGGCCCCACUUGAACAGUUGACCUUCUUGUAGAUGGAAUGAAUAAGAUAAAGUCUGGUAAAUUAAAAAAAAAAAAAGAAAGAAAUGGAAAGACAUAGGGUCCCCCGUUUCAGUGUUUCUAUCCUCUGUGGCACUGGCUGACAUUGAGUUGGGGGCCUGGGGAUAUCAGUGUAGAAUCCACACGAAGAGCCCCUCCCCAGUCAGCUUUUAAACACCAAAGAAAGGCAGUUAAGGUCUAGGUAGGAGGACAUUUCGUUUACUUGUAAUGCUCAAUCAAACUGCACCUGAGUCUAAAAUAGCCCUUGCAGGGAGGUUCUCCCUCCCCUGAGCAAGCCAGGCCUAGUACUUAGGAGACCUUACUUCCUUGUGAACCAAGCUCGAUUUGCCCUGUGUAUCAGGAUGGAUGAACAGGGCCUGCCCACCGUGACUCAUGGUGAUUGAAUCUGUGAAUAAAACCACUUGGGCGUCAGUGAUAACCACAGUGCUUUUUAGAAAUUGCCCCUUUGUUUUCAGCUCCAAUUGCUACCACUGUGGCGUGGCUCUUGCUAAAAUUUCCUCUCUUGCUGGUUGCUUAGGAAACGUGAGUUGGUGAGGACACAUUCCCAGGAAAACCUACUUCGUUCAGAUGCUGUGGUGAUAAUUCUAGGGAUGGACAGUCACCAGCACCGACUGGUGGCAUCUAGGAUGCAGGAGGUUUGGGUCUGACUAAUGGAAAAUCCUUCCUGCUUUGAAUUAGUGGGCAGAAGACCCUGUUGCUGCAGAGCAUAAAUCAGUGGCUGUUGGGUGGAGGGGCCCCUUAACUUCAGAUGGCUUUGAAAGUCAUCAAGUCCUUCUCCAGCAGAAUUAGAACUGGGAAGUAUGCAUAUAGGUGAAGGGGAACUCAGAGCCUCCAGAGUUCCAGAGAGGAAUCUCUGCAAAGCUGGGCUUCAGGACUUACAGAUAGAUGAAUACAGUUACGAGGCCCAGCUAGAACUCUGUUGCCAAGAGGCAGGAAGGAUGGUCCCUGAACAGUGGUAGCCGUAUUGGUCAAACAUGGCCACAUGAUGCUCUUCCUCAGAACUUUACAGCUUUAACUUGAUCCUCCAAACGUAGCCCCUACCCAUUGUCCUGCCCCAUGCCCUCCCGCCUCUCCCCACGGGUGGCUUCUACCUCUUGGCUUGGGCCCCGACAGGUCAUAGAGGCUUUCUCAAGUGUUCUCAUGAGGCUCUUGGAGCGUUUUCGGGUCUAACAGACCUUUCCAGCUAUCUGGGUAACUUUGUGCCUGGAACGCUUAGGCCUCUGUUACCUUGAAUCGCUGUCGUUUGGUGUGUGUCCUAGAAGUAGCAGCUGCUUUCUGCAUAUAUUUUCUGAAAGUUCUUACCGGAGUUUAGAAAGCAGUUAGUCAGAAACCUUAAAAAUCUAUUUUCUUUAAGAUUUCUCUUCCACUAAAAUGUCCUAGUAAGCUUAGCGACCGCUCUUGCAUUUUUCUCCUUAAAUCUGUUUAAGUUUCCCAUGCCACUGGGUGGAAAUAAUACUACAGAUGUGUUUGAUAGGAGUUUGCCUAUCCUGUAUAAGAAAUUACCUCCUUAGUGACCCAGUAGAACUCACUGUGGAUGGAUGUGUCCGUCAGAUUAGAGAACCGCAGUUCUGCAUCCUUCAUUUGAAGACUCUAUUGUAUGCUCAUGUGCAGGUGAUUAAGUGAAGUUUUAAAGUGUAACUGAUGAAUCAGUAUUUGAUCAAUCGUUGUUUUGAUAUUUUAUUAAAUUGUAUAUUUCUAAUCAUAUUUUUUAAAGCUGAGAGAAGUGGUUGGAUGUUUAUUCUCCUGAAGGUAUUUUUAAGACAAAGCUUCACCGUAGCCUGUAAACUUGGCACAUACAUGUAGUUUUUGAUACUUCUUGUUGCAUUUGAAAAUCUUGUGUAUUGUAAAAUGGUUUUAUACAAAAUACUAAAUAGUAGAAAUUGUAUAAUUUGCAAUCAUAUAAUUAAAAAUAUUAAACAGUUUUUU